CCAUAUUAUUUGACACGGGGAUUUUGAAUACAAUGAAUUCAAAAAAGAAUGGGGUUUGGUGGUUAAAGUGUUCAGAGAGGAUGAGAGGAAAACGGUGGACCCGCGAAUAGGAAUGACUUCGUCUCCUCGCUUCCUUCGCUCCCCUUCCCCCCCCCCCCGCCUUCUGAACACUCUCUCUGUCGUCCAUACCCACGGAUUGGUAUUAUCCUCAGACUCUCUUCAAUGAACUUGCUGUGAUCACAGUAUCCGGCGAGUUUUAGUUUUUAUCAACUCGGUCUCUCCUGGAAUGAAUGGCUGUUGGCCUCGCUGAUCAAUCCACGAGAGGCUUGAGGACUCCACCGGUCUUCCACUAUCCAACGAAAUCAACGAACAAUCAGGGCCUUCAUCGCUGCUCGUGGGAUUUAGCUGCCCCGCAGGGUAGAUUACAUCUGUCUCUUGCGGGCAAUGGCGGAGGUUGACGGAAAACUCCUUCGGAAGGAUUCCAUCCAGGAAUCCCCCCUUAAUAAUUUGGACAAUCGCGACGAUGGCAUCCUCAGUGAUACCGACGCGGAGAAGAUUCUCCCCUAUGAAGCGGACGACUCACCAUUCCCAGAGGUUCGUGCCGUCAUUCAACCGGUAGACGAUGUAAAGUUGCCUGUUAGUACGGUCCGGAUGUGGACUAUUGGCAUUGUUUUUACGAUUGUGGGAAGCGGAUUGAAUCAGUUCUUCAGCCUGCGACAACCAAGUGUCUCGAUAACUGCUCUGGUUGCCCAGCUGCUGGCCUAUCCGAUUGGAUGUGCUUGGGCACGCUGGAUACCUUUGGGUUGGCUCAACCCAGAUCGCAACUUCAAUAUUAAAGAACAUGCCUUGAUCACAAUUAUGGCCAACGUCUCGUUUGGGUCGGCGGCGGCUACCCAGAUAAUCGAGGCGAUGAUUAAAUUCUACGACAUGCCCUCGCAGGGUGGAUUUGAGGUUCUGUUGUCUAUCACCACCCAGUUAUUUGGGUUUGGCCUCGCUGGGAUGGUCUCGCGCUGGCUUGUUGAGCCAGCUACAAUGAUCUGGCCCCAGGCGCUCUCAAAUGCCGCCCUGCUGACAACCCUGCACUCAAACUGCAACCAAGUUGCUGAUAGUUGGGUUAUAACACGCCCAAGGUUCUUUCUUCUGGUCUUCAUUGGUGGAGCCUUAUGGUACUUUGUUCCAGGUUACCUCUUCACAGCCCUUAGCAUGUUCAGUUUCAUUUGCUGGAUUGUGCCUACUAAUGUUGUGGUCAACCAGCUCUUCGGCCAGCGAUCCGGGCUUGGUAUGUCGCUGUUAACGUUCGACUGGGCGCAGGUCGUCUUCGCCAACCAAAGCCCUCUACUUGUUCCAUUCUGGGCGGGGUUGAACGUCAUGGGAUCAUUUGCGUUGUUCUUUUGGGUUAUUGUUCCGAUCGUUUAUUAUAGAAACACCUGGGACUCUGCCUACCUACCAGUGCUGGACCCCAAUACCUUCGAUAAUACUGGCCAUCCUUACAACACUAGCCGUGUCAUGAACAGCGAUGGCACAGUGAACACUCAAGCAUAUCGCAAUUACUCACCUAUGUUUCUGCCGGCGGGAUAUGCUAUAACAUACGGUGUAGCAUUCGCCAACCUUACGGGGAUCUUCGUCCAUACCGCGUUGUACCACGGGAAGGAUUUGCUUGAGCAAUGGAGAGGACGCAACAAGAAGGAUAUCCACGCACGACUGAUGGAAUCUUAUGCACCUGUUCCUUGGUGGUGGUUUGCUGCAGUGACUCUUGUGGUAUUUGCAUUGAGCAUUGUCACUAAUGAAGUAUGGCAUACGGGGUUACCAGCGUGGGCAGUCUUAUUGGUAUUCAUAAUGCCUAUGGUAUACUUCAUCCCUGUGGGGAUUAUCAAGGCCGUGACAAAUAUUACGAGCAAUCAACUAAAUCUCAUUACGGAAUUCAUUGGGGGCUAUGCAUUUCUUGGAAGACCCAUUGCGAACAUGGCUUUUAAGUUCUACGGCUAUGUGGCUGUAUCCCAGGGUCUAGAGUUCGUGGCUGAUAUGAAAUUAGCGCACUAUCUUCAUAUCGCACCUCGUACACUGUUCGCCGCGCAGGGAUUGGCAACACUUAUCGGGGCCGUUGUUCAGUGUGGUGUGACAGUGUUCAUGCUCACCCAUAUUGAUGGUAUCUGCACACGAGACGCUGAGGGCGGAUUCUCCUGCCCCCAUGGCAUGGUGACUUACUCGUCCUCUCUCAUUUGGGGUGUCCUUGGGCCUGGCCGCAGUUUCUCGCCGGGCCAGAUGUAUGGGAACCUCCUGUGGUUCUUUCUUGUUGGCCCGGUGGUCGUAAUCAUCACGUAUCUCCUAGGCCGCCGAUGGAAGCAAUUUAAUUACAUCUCGUGGCCCGUGGCAUUCGGAGCGAUGGGUCAAGUUCCUCCCGCUACGGGCAUUAACUUUUCUUCCUGGUGGGUUGUGAACGUGAUUUUUAAUGGAAUUAUCAAGCGACGCCGACCAGCUUGGUGGUCUAAGUACAAUUAUGUGCUCAGCGCAGCUUUAGACUCCGGUGUCGCUGUGUCCACCGUGAUCAUAUUCUUCUGCAUCUUGUUACCUGCUGGGCCUCUACGCUGGUGGGGGAAUUCUGUGUUCAGGAAUACGGCAGACGGUCUAGGUAUCCCGUGGAAGCGUCUACCCCCCGGGGAACAUUUUGGUCCGACUACUUGGGAGUAGCAACUCAAUAUACAUUGAUUUUAGGUAAAUAGUAGAAUAAAU